UCUUUCAAUGACUUCUUGGUGGUUUGCAAUUAAUUUGAUCAUGGCGGAAAUUUCUUUACGAAGAUUUGUUGGAAUACUCCUAGUGGUGUGGAUCGCUACCUACCGUGUUGUGUCCACAGCUAGUAAUGAAGUACUGGUUACAGUAAAGCACGCUUCAGUAGGCGAGCACGGUUUCAUUGUAGCUCGCGAUAACGUCCUAUCCUCCGAAAACAUUCAAGAUUUGCGUGCACUCGUUCUAAAACAUUCCGUGUGGCGCUAUGUGGGUAGACCAGCAGCAGCAACACCAGCAGACAAUGCGGAUCUGCUCGGAAAUAGUGGAUACGAGAAAUCUGGCUGGCCAUGGCUGGCUUACAUGAAUGUCUCGUUGUUCAAGAACUCUGCGGUAGGAGGGAAAUUGCUAGCUACGGUCGAGGAGCUAGGCAAUACGAAUACGGCAGAAGGUGGCAAGUUUGAUGUGGAAGAUGCGACGGCCUAUCUGAUACGCCGUGGGGACGACUCACGAAUGACCAGCGGUAGUGCUGCAGGUUUAGCGGCUGACGAUGGCCAGAGGCGGUCAGUAAAUGUUCAUGUGGAGUUGACGUCUGGACCGUGGAAGAAGAACGACUACGGCGAAACAGUAUUCUACUCGCCGCAUGUGGAUGACGUCACCGGUAUGAAUGAAGUUCAGGAGGCGGUGCACCUGAAGCCGGGUCGGGUGAUGGCAUGGACGGAUGGCAUUCCAUUCACUCUGCGUCCACCGUCCAUGAACAAGCCACAGUGGCGCUGCGGGCUUCUCGUUCGCUACUCCACCAGUGCCGAUCUGGCACGGGAAGCUGUGUCUAGAUAUGAGCAAAUCUCCAAAGCCAUCGAGGAGGAGCAGAGGCAAGAGUUUCCACCGGCCUUGCACCCUGGGGACUCAACUAUCCCAAGCACUGGUGCCCUGGAAAAGAAGUUGACGCGCACGUUUCAGGACAGCGACGGCAAGACCAUUGCCGUGUUCGAUAGCGUCUGGAGUGCCGAGCAGAUGGAGGAGCUGCGCAGGUACCUGCUGUCUGCGCAUGCCAGGUACCGUCCGCGCCUCGACUUCUCUGAUCCGGACGAGAUGAAGGACAAUGCCCGUUGGUCGGCUGAGUUUGAGAUUGGCAGCCUGGUGAAAAGCCAGUACUGGGCAGUCAUGCAGAAGCUGGUGACAUUGGUGUCGAAGACGUCGGGUUGGUAUCCGGUGGGUGUCGGUCUGACCGCAACGCACAGCGCCGACGACGUUCAUAUCCACCGUAAUUGCCAUGUGGAUGAGAACGAGUAUACAUUGCAGAUGUACCUCGGAAAUGACUAUCCCGACGCAAUACACGGUGAAACCAUGUUUUAUGAGCCCAUGGCACUGCCAUCUCGACAGCAACGUGUGCGCAGGUUCGGGGAAGAAGGCUACGAAAUGGAUGGCCCAGACGAAGACGAACCGGAGGAGCUAGAUGAAGACGAGAUGGGACCUGGUUCCGAUGGUGCAAUGGCCGGUCGCAGCUCAAAGGCAAGAGUCAACUAUGACGUCAUUGGCGGGGUUCGACCCCGCGCUGGACGGAUCUUGCUAUUCCACAGCUCUAUUCUGCAUUCGGGCAGGCCGCUACGAGCUGAUAAUCGCACUAUUCACUACAUCCUUACCGUGAAAAUGGCCAGGACUGAGCAGAUUGGGAAAGCGAAGACAUUACAUGCGAUGACUCCCGGCACGGAGGCACUCGCCGAGACCUUGCACAGUGGUCUACAGGCGGCAGGAAAGGAAGCUGCCAAUGAUGGUGACUACGUGAGUAAACAUCUGGCCAGUGCGGAGGAAUUGGGCAAGCUGAUUGAAGCUAGGGAAUCCGAACUGGCCGCAUCUAACGAGAAAGCUGUCCAGGAUCUCCACGGAAGGCUAUGAAUGCUGCCGCACGUAUCAUCGACUUGCCUGCUUGGACGUGGAGUAAUCGAUGCGGGUGUCUCCAUUGCUACCUUUGUAACCAUGGUAACCGACCGGCUUGAUGUAUACUCCUGAUCUCACUUACUGUAAAAGCCAUUAUUCUAACAAGGCGCAUAUAUAACGAUUUCCCAAAAUUGACCAGUUUACGUGUGCCAAAGAUAACGAUUCUCACUCAUUCUCAACGCUCAAUAGCAACAGUAUCGUAUUUCUCCUCGUUAACUCGUUAGAAUUAGCACUUCGUUAUAUAUACAUGUAUGGCUUUUACGGUAGCUAGAUUAUCUCUAUCUUAUCAGCACGUGUUAUGCCUCGUGAAGAGGCUGCAGACUCCCAACAACAUACAUAGUCAUUCGAUCACUCUUGAUUGGUAGCCCUAUGCGAAGUACAUUGAAAUGGAAUAUUGUCCUAUCCACCAUAAUAUUUUGCACAGAGUAUUCGUAAAAAAAUUAUAUCCAA